AUGGUCAAAGCAGUUGCCGUCGUCCGGGGUGACUCCAAGGUCAGUGGCUCCGUCAUCUUCGAGCAGGAGUCCGAGUCGGCUCCCACCAAGAUCGUCUGGGAUAUCACCGGCAACGACCCCAACGCCAAGCGUGGCAUGCACAUCCACACCUUCGGUGACAACACCAACGGCUGCACCUCUGCCGGCCCGCAUUUCAACCCGCACGGCAAGACCCACGGCAGCCCGUCCGACGACAACCGCCACGUCGGUGACCUUGGCAACAUUGAGACCGACGGCCAGGGCAACUCCAAGGGCUCUGUCACAGACAAGCUCAUCAAGCUCAUCGGGCCCGAGAGCAUCAUUGGCCGCACCGUCGUCGUCCAUGCCGGAACCGAUGAUCUCGGCAAGGGUGGAAACGAGGAGUCCCUGAAGACCGGCAAUGCCGGCGCCCGUCCCGCCUGCGGUGACUUCAUGGCGAAUGUCAAGUCGGUGUUGAGCGGGGAUACACUGAUUUUGACAAGCACCAACAACCCCUCGCUGGAGCGCACCUUUUCGCUUGCCUUUGUCUCCGCUCCCCGCUUGAGCAAGGAUGGUGAUGAGGCGUUCGCCUUCCAGUCCCGGGAAUACUUGCGGAAUUUGACCGUCGGCAAGCCGAUCAAGUGCUCCGUCCUCUACGCGGUGCCCGGCUCCGGGAGAGAGUACGGAACAGCCUCGCUGCAGGACGGGACUGAGCUCCCCGACUCCGCCGUCAAGGCGGGGUGGCUGAAGGUCCGCGAAGACGCCGGUAGGAAAGAGGAGUCGGAAGACGUCCUCGAACGGCUCGAAAAGUUGCGGAACUUGGAAGCCCAGGCGAAGACCGAGAACAAGGGGCUCCACGCCGGUACUGGCGGUGUCAUCGAAGUCCAAAAUGAUCUCGGCGGUCCUGAAUUCUUGAGGGAGUGGAAGGGAAAGACCGUGGAGGGCGUGAUCGAACGAGUAUUCGCCGGCGAUCGUUUGCUUGUUCGUCUGCUUCUCUCAGACAAGAAGCACCUUCAGGUCUUGACCCUUGUUGCCGGCAUCCGGACGCCUGCAACCGAGCGGCCCAACCAGUCAAAUGGAACCACCCAGCCGGCGGAGGAGUACGGAAACGAGGCCCGGUCAUUCGUCGAGCAGCGGCUCCUUCAGCGCCUGGUCAAGAUCAAGAUUGUCGGUACCGGUCCUCAAGGUCAGCUCAUUGCUGCCGUCCUCCACCCCCGAGGAAAUAUUGCCGAGUUCCUUCUCCAAGACGGCCUGGCCCGAUGCAAUGAUUUCCACUCGACGCUCCUCGGGAAUGACAUGGCUGCCCUCCGUGCUGCCGAGAAUAAGGCCCAGAGUGCCCGCCUCCGCCUCCAUAAGAAUCACGUCGCCAAAUCAACCGACGGAAAGGACCUCGAAAUGUCCGUGACAAAGGUUAUCGGAGCUGAUACCAUUAUUGUCCGGAAUAGGGCUGGCGUGGAGAAGAGAGUCAGCUUGAGCAGCGUCCGAGGUCCCCGUGCCGGCGAAGCUGCGGAGGCGCCAUUCAGGGACGAGGCCAAGGAAUUCGUGAGGAAAAGGCUCAUCGGCAAGAACGUCCGCAUCAGCAUCGACGGCUCCAAGGCCGCGACAGAGGGCUUUGAGGCUCGCGAUGUUGCAACUGUCAUCCAAAACGGAAAGAAUGUCGGUCUCCAGCUUGUGCAAGAGGGAUAUGCAUCCGUCAUCAGGCAUCGCAAGGACGAUACCGACCGCGCAUCCAACUAUGAUGAGCUCCUCGCAGCCCAGGAGACAGCCAAGGAUGAGAAGAAGGGGAUGUGGUCUGGCAAGCCCCCGAGGACGAAGCAGCUCUCCGAUGCUUCCGAGUCUGUCCAGAAAGCCAAGGUCAACCUAUCUACCCUCGCGAGGCAACGCAAGGUGCCCGGCGUUGUCGACUUCUGCAAGUCUGGAUCCCGUUUCACAAUCUUGGUUCCCCGAGAAGGCGUCAAGCUUACGCUCGUCCUUGCCGGCAUCCGCGCUCCCCGUGCGGGAAGGAACCCCCAGGACAAGGGCGAGCCUUUCGGCCAGGAAGCCCUAGAGCUGGCAAACAAGCGUUGCGGUCAAAGAGACUGCGAGAUUGACGUCCGCGACGUUGACAAAGUGGGAGGCUUCAUUGGCGAUCUCUACGUCAACCGUGAGAGCUUUGCCAAGAUAUUGGUCGAGGAAGGCCUCGCCUCCGUACACGUGUAUUCCGCCGAGAAGGCUGGAAACGCUGCCGAGCUGCUGGCUGCCGAGAAGCGUGCCAAGGAGGCAAGGAAGGGACUGUGGCAUUCCUGGGACCCGUCGCAAGACGAGGAUGAGGAGGAGCAAAAUGGAGCAGCCGAUACAGCAGCCGAGUCAUCGGCGACUAUCGAGAAGAAGCCUGAGGAUUACCGAGACAUUGUCAUCACCAACAUUGACUCCAAUGGCAGGCUCAAGAUCCAGGAGGUAGGCAAGGGUACGGCCGCCCUGGAGACAUUGAUGUCCGAGUUCAAGAAGUUCCAUCUCGAUUCCAAGAACAACAUCUCCAUCAAGGAUAACCCCAAGACUGGAGACUACGUCGCGGCGAAGUUCUCGGCCGACGGACAGUGGUACCGUGCCCGGAUUAGGUCCAACGACCGGGCCGCCAAGGUUGCCGAGGUCGUCUAUGUCGACUAUGGCAACAGCGAGAAGGUUCCGUGGUCGCAGCUCCGGCCCUUGGACCAGCCUCAGUUCACCACUCAGCGGCUAAAGUCUCAAGCCAUUGACGCAGCCUUGUCCUUCGUCCAGCUCCCUGCAUCGCCGGAUUACCUCAACGAUGCCAUCGGCUUCAUCUACGACAUCACGGAGGGCAAGCGGCUCGUGGGCAGCUUCGACUUCGUGGAUUCCAAGGAGGGGCUGAGCUACAUCACCAUCUUCGACCCCAAGGCGGAGGGCUCGGACAAGGUGACCGAGUCGGUCAACCGCGAGGUGGUCCUCAACGGGCACGGCAUGGUCCCCCGCAAGCUCAAGGGUUGGGAGAGGAGCAAGGCUUUCGAGCCGAUUCUGAAGAACCUGAAGGAGGCCGAGUCUAAGGCUAAGGAUGACCGGCUGGGCAUGUGGGAGUAUGACAACACAUACCGACCUUUAACUUUGCCUCUCCUGAAUAACAUCUAUCCAGCUGGUGCUAUCACAAUGUCCAACUCUCUUGAUCAAUUGAAGGCCACUGGCACUGUGGUCGUUUGCGACUCUGCAAUUGGCAAAUACAAGCCUCAAGAUGCCACCACCAACCCGUCCCUCAUCCUGGCUGCGUCCAAGAAAGCCGAAUACGCCAAGUUGAUGGACGUGGCGAUCGCGUACGCGAAGAAGCACGGUGGCUCGAUCGACGACCAGGUAGAGGCCGCCCUCGACCGUCUCCUCGUUGAGUUCGGCAAGGAGAUCCUCAAGAUCAUCCCCGGAAAGGUCUCGACCGAGGUCGAUGCCCGCUACUCCUUCGACACCAAGGCUUCGGUUGACAAGGCUCUUCACAUUAUUGAGCUCUACAAGAAGGAGGGCAUCAGCAAGGACCGUAUCCUCAUCAAGGUUGCCUCGACAUGGGAGGGCAUCAAGGCGGCCGAGAUCCUCCAGCGUGACCACGACAUCAACUGCAACCUGACCCUCAUGUUCUCCCUCGUCCAGGCCAUCGCCGCCGCCGAGGCCGGUGCUUUCCUGAUCUCGCCCUUCGUCGGCCGCAUCCUCGACUGGUACAAGGCCGCCCACAAGAAGGAGUACACCAAGGAGGAGGACCCCGGCGUCGCUAGCGUCCGGAGCAUCUUCGACUACUACAAGAAGUUCGGCUACAAGACCAUCGUCAUGGGUGCCUCGUUCCGGAACACGGGCGAGAUCACCGAGCUCGCCGGCUGCGAUUACUUGACCAUCUCGCCCAACCUCCUCGAGGAGCUCCUGAACUCCGAUACUCCCGUCCCCAAGAAGCUCGACGCCAGUGGGGCCGCCGCCCUGAACAUCGAGAAGAAGUCGUACAUUAACGACGAGGCCCUCUUCCGCUUCUACUUCAACGAGGAGCAGAUGGCCGUCGAGAAGCUUCGGGAGGGCAUCUCCAAGUUCGCCGCCGACGCCGUCACCCUGAAGGAGAUAAUCAAGUCUAAGAUCUCCGCAUAA